GAAGCAAUAGUUAAAAGAUGUAAAGCAGCUUUAAUUGACAUUGCAUCAUCUGAUGGAAUUAUUAGGGCCACAAAAUCAAUUGUUGAUCCUGGUGAAAUUUAUCUAUGGAAUAAUGUUUAUUUCCGCAACGUCACCGACGAACAUAUUCCGCGACAGAAUCAUGAUUGCCUUAGUACAUUUUUUGGACAUCUUGCAUUCGAAGAUACAGAAAUAACAAGAUUUAUUAUCAAUACAUUUUCAAGCAUUAAUACAGAUGUUUCCGAGUGUUUAGGAGAUUUCUUCAAAUGCCAAGUUGAUAAAUUAUCAACAUUUAAGACGGAGGCACAACUUCAGAAUCGAAUUAAACGGUUUUGGGAGGAAUCAGACGAAUUAAUGCUAGUUCUUCAGUGCGAUGUUACUACCAUAAAUGAUGGGUGUAUUAGGUUAGCGAAAUUCACCAUUGAGCAAUUUCAGAAUGAAUUUCUGAGAAAAAAUCCGAAUAAAAUCAAAUAUGUUUGUAUGAUUCUCCAUAUUCAACGAGAUCAAAGUUAUGUGUCUUCGUUCAAUUUUAUGUGUGGAUGGAAACAAGUUACAAUCGAGGCCUUAACACCACAAGAGAAGCAUCUGUCAACUAUCUUAAAUG